UGGUUUUCCCCUUAAAACUAGGGAUUACCUUCGAGAUCACUGCAAAUCAAAUAAAUAAAUUUGAGUGGCACAGUGGUAAUUAAAGACUAAAAGGCGUUGACAAACUGUGGAAUAUUAUCUUUGCAUAUUCCCAUUUGUUUUCAAACCUCAGCCUAUAUAUACAUAAGAGAAGUUCUUAUUCAGCGUAGGUUAAGGUGUGAAGAGGCAGUGAGGUGCGUAGGAUAAGAUGGGUGCAGGCGCAUGGUGUUGGUCAGUUAUUGUUGGGGUUUUGGUGUUGAAAGCAGCUUUGUUUGUGGUUGUAGAUGGUGGUUCAACAAGCAGUUUUGUUAGAAAGGUUGAGAAAACCAUUGAUAUGCCUAUGGAUAGUGAUGUGUUUACUACGCCGCCUGGCUAUAAUGCGCCUCAACAGGUCCAUAUAACACAAGGAGAUCAUGUGGGAAAGGCAAUGAUUGUGUCGUGGGUAACCAUGGAUGAACCCGGUUCAAAUACAGUUCGCUACUGGAGUGCAAACAGUAAAAGAAAGAGGAAUGCCGAAGGCACGCUUACUAGAUACUCAUUCUUCAAUUAUACUUCCGGUUUCAUCCACCAUUGCAAUCUUACUCAUUUGAAGCAUGACACGAAAUACUACUAUAUGGUUGGAAUCGGAUACACUACACGGACGUUCUGGUUCACUACUCCUCCUGAAGUUGGACCUGAUGUUCCUUACACUUUUGGCCUCAUCGGGGAUCUGGGCCAGAGUUAUGAUUCAAACAUCACACUUUCACAUUAUGAAAUGAACCCUGUGAAAGGGCAAACGGUGUUGUUCGUUGGAGACAUUUCGUAUGCAGAUAACUAUCCUAAUCAUGAUAAUAGGAGAUGGGAUUCAUGGGGAAGGUUUGCAGAGAGAAGUACCGCGUACCAACCAUGGAUAUGGACUGCGGGAAAUCAUGAACUUGAUUAUGCCCCUGAAAUCGGAGAGGAUGAACCUUUUAAGCCUUUUACUCACCGGUUUCCUGUCCCCUACAAGUCCUCCGGGAGUAACGCCCCCUUUUGGUACUCCAUCAAGAGAGCUUCAGCUCACAUCAUUGUUUUGGCUUCGUAUUCGGCUUACGGUAAAUACACUCCUCAAUACAAAUGGCUGGAGGAGGAACUACCAAAAGUUAACCGAACCGAGACUCCAUGGUUGAUCGUCCUGCUGCACGCUCCAUGGUACAACAGCUACAACUAUCACUAUAUGGAAGGUGAAAGCAUGCGAGUAAUGUACGAGGCGUGGUUUGUAAAGUACAAGGUUGAUGUCGUGUUUGCUGGUCAUGUCCAUGCCUAUGAACGCACGGAACGCGUAUCAAACAUUGCUUACAACAUUGUAAACGGGAUCUGCAAACCCGUAAAGGAUCAAUCGGCACCAGUGUACAUAACCAUCGGUGACGGUGGAAACCUCGAGGGAUUAGCAACCAACAUGACAGAGCCUCAACCGGAGUACUCGGCAUUCAGAGAAUCUAGCUUCGGACACGCGACAUUUGACAUCAAGAACCGAACCCAUGCAUUCUACGGGUGGCACAGGAACCAAGAUGGAGUCGCUGUAACGGGGGAUACAAUGUGGUUUUACAACCGAUACUGGAAACCAGAAGAUGAAUCUAAAAGUGUUUAAUUACUAAACAUAACUUGUGUAUUUGUGCAAGAACCAUACAGCUUUCUUGUGUUUAUUCUUUGCCAUUCGAAAUGGAGUAUUGGGUUGCUUCAAAUAAAUAGUGAAAACAUGGUUUUUGUUGCAACCAAACUAUUACUACACUCUUUGGUCUUCAUAUACUCUCAUUUUUAUGAUAUAGUUGUGUACUUAUGGACCC